UGGUUGUAGGUAGAAAUGUAUCAUGGGAACAGUAGUGUUACAAUUUCUGACCGCUAACUUUUGCAUUUUCUGCUGGAAUACUUAAUAUCAAGGCAAAGGCGGGAUGCUGUUUUUUUAACAAUGGCAGCAUGGAAUGUAAUUCAAUUUCACGAGUGGUAUACUUAAAGUUGAAGGAUACAGUUGAUUCCCUUAUUUGAUUAACCAGCCUUGGUUUAUGCAGCCUAAGGUCCGAUCCCAGCGACAAUGGAUAAGAGGGAAUCUACUUUAUAGUUCUGUAUUUCAUGUAGGUACCAUCUUUGAAUUCACCAUGAAUGCUUGCUUUUCCUGGAGCCCCUGUAUUCUCAUCAGAGCAAGUCAAGACCAUCUCAGCAUUGAGAUCAACAUGUCUAUUUAUGCAACAGGGUACCGCUGCAUUUUAAGUUUGCUCUGCAUCAUAGUGUCCUUGUGCCAAGGACUACUGCCUGAUUCUUUUCUGCAUCAUGACUAUUGUAUCAUUGGUGCAGGGCCUGCAGGACUACAGAUGGCCUACUUCCUUCACCACUCCCAGAGAGACUAUCUCGUCUUAGAACGCAACAAUAUUUCAGGAAGCUUUUUUCUUCAUUACCCUCGUCAUCGUAAGCUAAUAAGUAUCAACAAGCGAUACACAGGCAAAGUGAACAGAGAGUUUAAUCUACGGCAUGACUGGAACUCUUUGCUGAGUCAUGACGAAAGGCUUCUCUAUCGUCACUACUCCAGGGAUUUCUUCCCACAUGCUGAUACCAUGGUGCACUACCUAAAUAACUAUUCAAGAAUUCUUGAUUUGAAGGUACAGUACAAUACUGAUGUAACACAUGUUCAGCUGGAGAAAGAUCCCCAGGCUUGGAAUGGGCACUACUUUUUCCUUACUGACCAAAGAGAAAAAUAUUACCGAUGCAGUGUGCUGAUUGUAGCUACAGGAAUCUGGAUACCCAAUACUGUUAAUUUUCCAGGCUCAGAAUAUGUGGAAGGCUAUGAAUCGGUCUCUAUAGAUCCAUAUGAUUUUGCUGGACAGACAGUGCUAAUUCUUGGAAGGGGAAAUGCAGCAUUUGAAACUGCCUAUAACAUAAUGGGCUCCACCAAUUUUAUCCACAUGGUUAGUCGGUCAAGGGUGCGGCUGUCCUGGUCAACUCAUUAUGUUGGAGAUGUGAGAGCAGUGAAUGAUGGCCUUCUAGAUAACUACCAGUUAAAAUCACUGGAUGGACUCUUUGAGGGAGAAAUAGAAGACAUGGCUGUAGUUCGGGAUAAGGCAGGAAAGCUACACUUAACAUUUCAGCAGUUCUUACAGAAACACAACAUCUCUCUGAAUGGCACUGAUGACAUUCCUUUCCCACAAGAUGAUACUGAUAAUUUUGCUGUCCGUGAGCCAUAUGACCGUAUUAUUAGAUGCCUUGGUUGGAAGUUUGACUUCAGCAUAUUUGGAAAUGGCACCAGACCUCUAUCUGCUAAAGGACUCAGGAAUAAGUACCCCCAGAUUAAAAUGAAUUAUGAAUCAGUUACAACUCCAGGAAUGUUUGUGAUUGGAACAGCUAGCCACUCUAUUGACUUUAGAAAAUCUACCGGAGGUUUCAUCCAUGGAUUUAGAUACUCAACUCGUGCUGUACAUCGUCUGCUAGAGUAUAGGUACCAUGGCAUCCACUGGCCAUCCGUAGUUUUCCCUGUCUCUCAGCUGACAGCUGCUGUUGUUCGGCGCAUCAAUGAAGCUUCAGGCCCUUAUCAAAUGUUUGGUGUUCUGGCUGAUGUUGUUCUGCUUAGAAGGAACUCCACUGAAUUUGAGUAUUUAGAAGAAUAUCCAGUUGGAAUUCUCCCAGAUUUGAAGAAAUAUACCGGCAGAGAGGUGGAUAAUGGUCUUUUUGUUAUUACAAUGGAAUAUGGAAAGAAUUUCUCAGGCCCUGGAAAGGAUGUUUUCCACUAUAACCGAUCUGUAGGAGAGCCUUGGCAUGCAUGGCUUUCAAACUUCUUGCAUCCAGUAGUGUAUUAUUAUAAAGAGCUGCCAACAGAACAAGAUAUGAAGUACCGGCCAAAGAACUGGCCCCUCCCUCGACCAGACGCUAUUCACCAUGUUGUGGAAGAUUUCCUUAUAGACUGGUCCACAUUAAACUCCCAUAUCCUACCUCUGAGACGCUUCUUGGAAAACUGUUUGGAAACAGACCUUCGAAAUUUUUUUGCAGAAACUUGCUUUCAGUUUGCCUUGAGCCGUCUCAAGCUGCCACCUUACUGCCAGCAGAGGUAUUUGAAGAAACAGGGACUGAUGGGUAAUGAGGUACUCACACAGCAUGCAGUGGAGGCUGGGCUUAUGGAAAAUUAUUCAACAAAAGACCUUACUAAAGAUAAAGCAAGCAGCACGUCACAACAUUUGCUCAAGGACUCUGGUAUCCAUAUAGAAGGAAGUCUGUUUAAUGACCGCACCACCAGUAAAGAUGAACUGUAACCUCUUAACUUUCAGAAUAGAUAUGAGCAUUUUCUCUUUAGUCAGCGUAUGCUCUUAUACAGCAUAGGAGUGACUUUUUGCUGUUAACCCUUGGCAGAUAUCAGGGAUUGUCUGUUUCUGAAAUACAAAGUAUUACAUGGACAGUUUAUGAAAUUUGGAAAAGGAAAAAAAAUGUUAGCAGAGAAUAAGCUGGGAAAUGUUAAACCAUCAACUUGUAUCAUAUUAAUUUUAGCCUGUCUUGUUGCAUACUACGAGAUGGCCAGUGGUAUGUAAACACAGAAGAUUUGCCAAAAUAUCACAGAACAUGAUAGGUUUACUCUUAAGUCCCUUGUAAGACAAUGCUUCAGAAUUAGUUUCCUGUGCAUCUGUUGCUUGGGUGUCUUAUUCCCAAGUAUUUGUUUCAUUUAACUGCUUCUAGUUUUAGUCCCUGGAGUCAGAUCACACUGACAGGGACAAAUGUGAAAAGUAAAAACAACGUGCUUUAUGUGGACCAGGAAAAUGCUUUAAAGUCAUUUUUUCUCUUUUGUCAAUUCAUUGUAAUCUCAGAGUUAGUUUAUGUAAGGUAAACAAGUGUGAGGAUCCAGAGGGCUUGCUUACCUACCAGCAAAAACAGAUUUUUAUGGUGAGCUUUAUGUACAUUGUGUUUCUCUUGGUUUGGAUACAUGCAUGUUACCCAAAAGCACUUUAGUUUUGAUGAGUCAUCAGAGAAGUUGUUAGGUAACUGUUGACCAAAGCCUAGAAAUAUACAGAUUGUAAACAUGUAAAACCUCAUUUGCAUGUCUCUGUGACCUGUAAAAAGACACAGAAAGUCAGAAUAUCAUUUAAACAUAUGGAAAUAAUUCUGAUUUGUUUUAAUUUUUAUGAAGCAUCAAGUAUGCGUCUCUUCUAGAUUUGUAUGGAUAAAUGCUGGUGAAGAAAGCAGUUGCAGUAUCAAUAACCUCAUUAUUAAAGGACUGUGUAUACACCUCAAUAGUUUAUGACCUUUAAGAGGGGUCUGCUUAUGACAAAGUUGUUACUGCUUCUUUUGCAGAUGGUGUUUUUAACAACCUUUAUCACAUAUAGAACAGGAGGAAGAGAGAGAAAGAUUUUUUUUAAAGAACAGUGUGCACCUUACAGGAUGUCUGAGAUUUUAAAUUCCUUGAAUCAGUUUUUGAAACGCUAACAGCAUCAAACAAACUAGUAGACCACAUCAGUCACCCCAUUAUUUUAUAAUGUAAAACACUGUCAUAUUUUUGUUUCAUGUAGAUAAUUUAAAAGAUUGUUCAUUUGUAUUUGAAAAUGAAAAGAGAAAGAAAUGCCUGGCCUCCCUUGUGCUCACUCUGAUCUCUUUCAGCUAUCAAGGGAGUGAUAUGAUGCCUUUUGUCUGCUGACAGCCAAGAAAAUAAUACAUUCAUUGAUUGAAGAGGAUGGUGGUGCUAGAUGUCCUCUUUUGAUAGCUCUUUUGAAUAGUUUGCUCUGGGAUUGAGUGGUGAAUCUCCCAAACUCGAGCAUUAGGCUUGUUGAUGUACUCUCACAUAAUAGGCACAUGAAUCCUUGGAAAAUGUACACUGUCUGGAGAGACUUGCUUUGUCCUUUCUUCCACCUGGGUAUUUGCCUCACCAACAGGAAUCAGGUCUAAUGGUCUUGCAUUUAACCCCAUAAUGUUGGAUCUGUAAUUGUUCUUCACCUGCUGGGAUAAGACUAAGCAGGUAUUGCAGUGCAACUUCUUAUUGCAGAGCUUAGGCCAUUUACACAAAAAGUCACCUUCUGAACACACGAGGGAGUGGUUAGAAGAAAGUAAGCAUCACACUUUGGGUUCACACAGUAUCAGCACAUUAAACAAAGAUAAUUCGUUGAAAUGCCAAAAAAUCAGAAACCCCUUCAGAAACGCAACAGGAUGUUACUGUGUAGAAUUGUGUCCAAGCAGUGAUUUAAUAAUAGACAAUCUCCUGGAAUUAACCGAGUUGGUUCAGUUAAUAAUUCAUUUGGUCACAAAGUUCAUAGGAUCAUAAUAAAUGCAAGGCAGUGGGAAACACCCAUGUCAGCAGUUUUGAUAUAUGAAAAGUUAUUCAUACCAAUAUCCAACCUUUUCAGUAUUGAAACCAAUGCCAGACCCAUUUAGUAAUCAAGCAUUUAAAUACAAAAUCCACUAGGGCCUUGAUAAUUUCAUUAUGAGGGCCACUAUCAAAGGCUGUAGAGAAGUCUAUCACAUCUACAGAAAACCUACAGCCAAGGUCAAUCUUUCAUCAUUGUAAAAACUAUUCAGUUUCAUAAAACAGGAACACUCUUCUACAGAAAACCUAUAGCCAAGGCCAAUAUUUCAUUAUUGUGAAAGCUACUCAAGUUUAUCAAACAGGAGCACCCUGAAACAAAGCCAUGUUGGUAUAUAUCCAUACAUGUGGAUGAUUCAGAUAAUAACUUUCAUUAAUUUUCAUAAGAAUACUGAUCAGACUAAUUGGUCUGUAAUGAUCGACAGUAGAACAUAAACUACCCCUCUGUAUAGGAGUGACAACAGCUUUCUUCUAUUCGCUAAGAACAAAACCAAAUUUUAAUGAAUUUUGAAACAGAUCUGUUAGACAUAGAAUCAAGAGAAUCACUAAUGUUUGUUAGGAAGAAGCUGCAGAAAAGAUUACUUUUUUUACUGACUGCUGUAGCAAACAUGUACCCGGAAGUAAUGGGGCACUAUUCUGAACCAUUUAAUUUUACUCUCAGCAUCUUACAAUCAGUGGACAUGUAAAAAACAAUAUCUGCCAAGUUAGCAAGCAGCCCUGAUAUCUUAUGAUAGUACUAUCUGUUAUAACACUGUUAUUAGUAGCUUCACUUUUCUCAUAUAUUUUCAUGGAUUUAAAUAUUGCCAUCUUAUUAGAUCUAGUGUUUACUGCAAGCUUAUGUGUUCAUAGUCACACUUUGGUCUUCUCACUGUACUUCAGUAACUUCUGAACGUCAUUAUAGAUGGAUUUAGUUUUGGCACUUGGAACUGCAUAUGGAGCCUUUCUCCCUGGGCCUCCGCUGAAAAUUGGCUUUGUUCCAAGUCGGACUUUCCCGGUUAACAAAUGUUAAAUAAAUAAAAUAAAAAUAAAUAAAUAAAUUAAGCCACAACCUUUUUUUUUUUUUCUUUUCUCUUAUUUUAGUCAGAAAUAACAGAUUUCCACCACGGUGGUCACAUGUACUUGUUCCUGAUUUAGUAUUCCCAUGGGAAAAUAUUUCUUGAUAAGAUCAUUUAUAAAUUCACCUUACCAAUCAUUAUCACCAUCUCCCAAUCCCUAGUCCUAAUUUCACAAUUCAUGGUUGAACAAUCAAAACUGUUGAAUUUCCUACAAGAUGCCUGUUUAAAAUAGACCCUUUAGCCAUGAGUAUCUUAAGUUCACAAGUAGUGUGGUAAUGGUUAGAUAACCCCAAUUCAAAACCAUCUACUCACUUGUUAACAUGAAAUGUGCUAUUUACCCAAAUUACAUGUCAAGUACUAUCCAAACUAGUUGGGCUAGUUAUCACCAGGGUACAGUUAUGCAGCAAACUUUUUUCAGUAAUAUUUAUCAGCUUGGAGUUUGAUAAUGGAAACCCCAGUUCACUCCUGGGGCAUUGAUAUCACUGGCUGUAAUAUUUAUAUCCAUUACUGAAACAAAGCAGAAGCCAUUUAUCCACCAUCAUGUCCCUGAAUAUUCUUAAGCUUGGAGACCUCUAGAAAAGGGCACUUUUCCGGUUACACUUCCAAUCAAAAACCCUGACCUCGACAAGUUCACAAAAAGUCAUAAGAUUCACUGGUGUCCAAGCCAAUAUUCUGAACCAAAUUUAGUUAACACAUAAACAGAUAAAACCACCUGCCCUCUUAUCCACUCUUAUGUACAUGCCCCUUGAGGCCUGGAAUAAGAAGUGAUUUGAUUUUAUCACUAAACCAUGUUUCAGCAAUCAUUAAGAUAUACCUUUCUCUAGCAAUUUUAGCUUCUAGGUUUUUUAGCUUGUCAUUUGGGUUUCUAGAAUAAGACAGUAAACAUUUUAACCUGCUAUAGAUUACACUGUGCCCUUUGAUAAUGUUUCUGUCUCUUAAAAAAGUGUUUCAUAAACCCAGUGAGCUUAGGACUGAACACUGUGUUAGCCUGGUGGCUUAAAUGAAUAUUGUCCCUAGUAAAUAGUUUAAUUUUGUCAGCUUCUGCAGUCAUGUAAUGGUUUUCAGUGCAUUCUUCACACAAUCACUUAUAAUAAUGUUAGUGAUUUGCCUAGCAAUGCAACACAGCCUCCCACUGAAAUGUGGGGCAAGAAGUAUGUCACACAAGACUGCAACACCACCAGGUGCUUUACUCAAGGAUAUGAAAUUCUUAACUGGGUCGUGAAACGUUUCAGUCUCAGUAUGACCAGCAUCUUUAUUUCCAACAGCUGUUACCACAAUGUUGUACUUUUUGUUGUUGACAAGUUUAGAUAAAGCACUGUUUACAUCUUCUAUUGUACAUCCUUCUAAACAUGAGAUGGUAAUGCACUCCCUGUUACUACUGGGGGUAAUAAAUGUCCAGUAGCAUAGAGUUGCCUGUUACAGAAUCUGACCCUCUCUGCAGGGGUAAGAGCCAUAAGGCAUUUGUCAACCAUAAUUAUCUCUACUUGCGUGGGCAUGCAGACCCUGGUUUGAUAAAGAAGCUUCACUAUCCAGUGCCCUUCUACAUUUUUUCUUUCUAGCUCAUUCCCAUGGCACCAUCUAAGGACUCAGUAUUGCUCCUUUGCCUCUUUUCUUUGGAGAUAGAACCAUUACUAGUGAUAGUUUUAUCGAUGACAUUGUCCAUUUCAGUAUUUGCAGCAUCCAUAUCUGUACCCUCAUCUUGUAUUGCAGUCCAUAUAGUUACUAUACCCUGUCAGAACAGCAUCCUCACACAUGCUAAAUUCAUCAGUCUGGCAGCUAUUUACACAUUUAGUAUAAAGGGGUGUUUAUAUUUCUUUAUGUUUAUGAAUGACACAAGGGAAGAAAUGUUCCCUCUGCCUGUCAUUAUUGUUAAUAUUGUCCACUACCUUAAGUGCUAAAUACUUGUUACUUGUUGAUUUAUGAACAUUCCAGUCCAGGGUAUUUUUCCAGUACAUUUUUCAAUUUACCCCCAAAUCAGGAAGCCCCUACCUCAAUAUGUCAUUGUGGUAGAACUCAUCAAUUUGUUCCAUAGUAACCAACUCAACUGAAGUAUGUGAAUCAGUAGCAUUUUCUGCACAACCUGCAAUAGCUCUCACUUCCAUUAAUGAACACUAAUAAAAAAACAAAUGUAACCACAGUGUAAAAUAUAACUAAAAAAAGUCCAAAACAUGCACUGUGAAGCUGUAGGAAACACUUUCAAUCAGCCAAAUUCUUCAGUCCAAGCUGUUUUUAUUCAAAGCAUUUUAUAAAAAUUUUAUGCAAAGCACUCAAUCUGUGUUUUUGUAUGUUGGAAGAAUAAAAACAGCUUGGACUGAAGAGUUUGGCUGACUGAAAGUUCUUACUGCUUCACAGUGUAUAUUAAUGAACACUACUUAACGCACUUAACAUGCAAAGAUGUUCACAGUGGCUCUGCCAAGGCUUGUUUAGUACUGUUUAUUAAGCAUUCUGGCAUGCUGUAAAGCCUCAUGGAGGAAGUAUUUUUGUCUUUGAUAGCAUAUUUUUACUACAUGAUCUUUAGUGAUGAUUGUGGGGGGGGGGGGGUUGUGGCCUUCAGUGAUGUGUGCUUUGAAUAGUAGUUUCCAGGGUGAAGUUGUCACUGAAUUUAUUAGCUAAUAUGUUUGCAAUGUGUCAGAGUAGGUGGUACCAUUUUGAAUAAGUUCUGAGCAAUGUUGGGUGUUAUUUCAUAGUUUUCUUAAGUAACUAAAGAAGGUUUUGUAGUUGUCCUUAACAUCAAAUGUUAACCUUGGUUCAUGGGUUGCCGUAGUAUUCCUAAGAUAUAUAUCUGUAGUGAAGAAGAAGAGAGAGAUCUUUUAAGUUUUUGGUGAAUGUUUUUGUUAUGUUAACCAUGGUUUGAGAGUUGUUGGAUCUGCUGUAUUCAUUAAGGAAUUAUUUUCUUGUUUUGUUAAGUGUACGUUGCUUGACUACCAAGGUGGUUUUAUUUUAAACUUCCCAUUAUAUUUAGAUCUGGUCGGUAUUGUCAGUUCUAUAAAUGCAUAUAAAUGGGCACAUAACUGUUUUAUGUAGCUUCCUGUGGAGGCAGUUAUGCUGGAAUUAGUGAGUCUGUAGUUUUUGAUCCAACUUAAGUGGGGAGGGAGAUACCAGAGCAGUAGUACACAAAGAAGCUAUUAUCAUAAGAACUGGGUGAAGAAUAUUAUGCCACGUAGUGGGAUUGGUAACCUGUUGCAGGAAUCUUUUCUUUAUGAAAUCUAAGAACUAUUGGGCAUAUCCUAUGUUGUCAAGCCAGAAGGAGUAUUCAAAAAUUGGAAAGAAAAGGAGAAGAGAAGAAAUAGUUAUACACUCUUAACAUAUUUUGAGUUAGAGGAUAAAAAGGCAACAGGUGAUAACAUAUAUUUACCACUACCAAAUAAUUUCAUUCAAAAAGUAAGUGUUGCAAUUGACACUAAAAACAACUAGAAAAUGAAGAUGGUGAAGUUCUUAUACUGGAAGACUCUAUAGUCAAGAGAUUAUCAACAAAUUUGGUUAGCCUAGAUAAAAAAGGGUGACUUACCAUGAUUAACGUUUAUUGACAUUUUUGCUUUAUUGCCUAUUUUACAAAUAAAUGCAGGAGUUAAUUACUAGUUCUUUUAACUCAUUUGAAGAAAGCCUUUGUGCCAAUAUUAGAUUUUUGUAAAACAAACAUAAAAAGUAGGAAUUAGUGCAAUAUUACCAUCACCUUGAUCAUCAGCUUGCUGUUUAGAUAUUUUUUCAACAAUUGCCUCACAACUAGGAAGGAUGGCGUUUUCUCAUUUAAUGGAUUAUGUUUAAGUCCUUUCAGUACAUUUUUUGCUGGUGAUAAACUUUCCAGUGUUGUUAAAAAAAUAGGAUGCAUGCUAAAGUCCCAGCUUUCCACAUUAAAACACUGGACUUAAUAAUAUUAUAACUGUAUUUUUGCAAUGCCAGAAGUACAGUUAUAAAAUGUGAUGAUCUCAUGUCUGCAAGGCAUAUGUAUACCUGCCAGAUUGCUGUACUUACUGAAUGUUGGAACCCAUGUUGGCCAUUAUUUAAGUGUUACAACAAAUUUGAAUGUCUAAGAAAGAAAACCAUUAGUGAGGCAUAUUGAUAAUGCUCUCAUCCUUAAAUGCAAUAUUUUUAUGGUUAGUGUUGGUUGUGAAUUAUUAGGUGUGUUAUUUGAAGUAAUAUUACACAAGAUGUUUCAAAUCCAAUUGCAUGUAAUAGAAGUCCAACAUUAUGUUGUGACCAGCACAAACAUUUCUGGCACACACUAGAUAAGAAUUUACAUAAUGGUCUUUAAUUCUUCUUAGUGAUUAUCCAUAUAUUAACUGGGAAAGUGAGUGUUCUCCAACAUUCUGUGAGCAAUAAUUCAUUGACAUAGUCAGCUUAAGGGGUAAGGCUCAAAUGGUACCUAAUCCUACUAAACAAAAUCACAUUUUGUCUUUCAUUCCUACAAACUGUUACAAUAUAAUUUGUUGAAGAAUGUCUAGGAACAUCUGACCACAAUACCAUCUUAUUCAGUGUUAACUUGGUGCUUACUUUUAAGAAGUCCACAAAGAUUUAGUAACACAGCAUUAACAAUUUCUAAAAGGGUCUGAAGUAAACUCCUUGGAUUAACAGUUAUGUGUAGGAUUAAAAGUUCUGUAUUGGGGACACAUUUCUAACUAAAUGUCCUUUUUUUUGAAGGGACUGUAAAAUCUGAAUGUGUCAAUUCAUAUAAUAAACUACUGUUAAAUUAUAUUAGAUUAUAUAAAAAGAGAGAGAGACUCCAUGAAAUUUGUACAAAAUUCCCAACAAGUGAUAAGGAAAAAUAAGUAAGAGAGCAAAGAAAGUUAAAGGAACAAAAGUAGCAGUAAAUGCUAUGUAUAAGAAUUCCUUUGCCAUGAGCUUGGGCAACAAAAAUGGCAAC